AUGCCCGCUGCCAGGGAAGAUAAUGCCUCCACCAAUAAUGCAGGAUCAGACUUCCGCAUCGCAAUCGUGGGCGGAGGCAUAGGCGGACUCUCAGCCGCACUGAGCAUUGGGACGUACUGUCCUGGUCUGACGGCAAGAAAUGUGACCGUCUACGAGCAAGCGCAUGCUUACACUGAGAUUGGCGCUGGGGUCAGUAUCGGCAUCUCUGCAGGCAGGGUGUUGAAGAAGCUGGGGGUGUGGGAAGCCGUGGAUGCCAUCUCGGGGUACCGCACCAAUGUGCACCGGAGUAAUCGUCGCUGGGACACGGAUGAAUUGAUUGUGGACGCCCCGGCAUUCAACACGGGAGGGUCGCAGGAGGAGGUGCGGCAGCUAUGGCUUCAUCGCGCCGAGUUCCUUGACGUCCUGUACAGCGAGGUGAAGAAAAGGGACUGUGCGACGCUGGAGACGAAUGAAAGGGUGGUUCACCUGGAGGACCAUGGCUCUACUGUCACGCUCCAUCUCGCUGAUGGCACCACCGCCUCGGCUGACCUCGUCAUUGGCUGCGAUGGCAUUCACAGCGCCGUGCGGUCUCAGUUCGUCGUCGACAAGCCCGUCUAUUCGGGCCGCAUCGCGUUCCGUGGAGUUAUCCCCAUGUCUGUCGUGGCAGAUGAUUGGCCUUACUCUUCGUGGACGCUGUCCUGGCUGGCCCCGGGCAAACACUUCCUCGCAUUUGGCAUGUCGCAGAACAGACUGAUGAACGUGGUCGCGUUCGUGGCCAAGCCGGAAAGCGAGCUCCAGGGGCUGAAGGAGAGUUGGAGGAGCGAGGCGCCCCGGGAGGCCAUCGAGAAGGAAUACGCAGGAUGGUGUCCGACCGUGCAGCGCAUCAUCCAAGCCAUGCCCUCGACCAUCAGCGAGUGGAAGAUCAACGACCGAGAAGUCCUGUCCCAGUGGGUUUACAUGGAUGGCAAGGUGGUUCUGAGCGGAGACGCCGCACACGCAAUGUUGCCGAUGCAGGGUUCCGGAGCCGGCCUGUCGAUCGAAGACGCCAACGUCCUUGGAUUUGCCGUGCGUGACUACCUUGACAAUCCGGGCGUUGGCUUGGAGAAAUAUAUGAUGAAAUACCAGACUGCGCGAGUACAUCGAGCCCAAAAGGCCCAGGUCACGUCGCGACAGGCUGCUGCCGUGUACGAUAUGGAUGGGCCGGACUUUGAGGGAAAGACGUUCGAGGAGCGUCUGCCGGUGGUACGGGACAAGGUAGAAUCACGGAUGGCAUGGCUGUGGAAGUCAGACCUUGAAGCAGACUGGGCGGCUGUGGGCGACGCAUGA